AUGGUGAGCAAAUCCAAAGCAGCUACUGCUUCACCCGCUGCUAGCAGCAGCACCAGAUCUGCAAAGGUAAAACCCCAUCAAGAAGUCAUUACCGUGCGUGCAUCCCCUGUUACCUCAUCAACUGCAACGCACCACGAUAAUCAAGCUCUACAAGCUCGGCCAACUCCGUAUCAGCGACUCCCGCUUCGCUAA